AUGAAGGGUCGAGCGUUCUUUGGAACCAUUCUCCUUUUGAUUUUCGGUUUGGCGUUGAGUAGUGAAGAUGUGCCCCCGAAAACGGCCGAAAACGUAGAACCACAGGUCGAUCCGAAUAUCGGAAAAGCCAAAGAGGGUUCGAGGACUGAUGAUGAAGUCGUUGAAAGGGAGGAAGAGGCAAUUAAACUCGACGGUCUGAGCGUAGCUCAACAGAAAGAACUGCGAGAAAAGUCUGAACGAUUUCAGUUUCAGGCUGAGGUC